CAUAAUGCCUGAGGAAAUGACCCAUAAGGCGCCCGAGUGGCUGACCGAGGAAUACGUGACGAAAAAGUUAAGACUCUACUUCAAGAAUGACACUCUGAAUGUGGAGAAACUAGAGAUCAGGCCGGCGACAGCAAAUGGAGAAAACUACGCAAGUGUGAUGACCCGAAUUAAAGUGGAGUACACCACAGAGGAUUCUAAGGAUAAGGAGAAUACAACGUUCCUACUGAAAACCACGUUUGCCGACAAAGAUCCGGCGGCCCAUUUGCUCUUCAACUACGGGAUCUACACGAGGGAAAUGGACAUGUACGAGCAGAUCCUGCCCCGAUUGGCAGAUAUAGUGAGGGAUGAGCUCCACGAUUCCCGGAAACUGUUUGCGGCUACCGUGAACGUAGAUCGAGAGCGGGACUCGAUAAUGUUCGAGGACCUUUCCCUUGAGAAGUACAAAGUGGCUUGUCGCGUAAAGAAAUUGGACCUGGAGCACACCCAUCUGGUCCUGGAAAAACUGGCUGAUUUCCAUGCUGCUGGAGCAGUUCUAGCCGAGCGCCAGCGUGGGAUCUUUGAAAAGAACUACGAUCGAGGAUUUUUUAACAAACAUGUUCGCGGCUACGAACCCGUUAUGAAGAAUUUUUUGAAAGCCUUGUCGCGCACCCUAGAGUUAAAUCAGGAUCUGAAAGAACGUUACCAGGGGAAGAUUGAUCGGCUCAUCGAUAAUGUAAUGGAUUACGGUGAGCGAUCGACGUCUGUUAAUCCCGGUGAUUUUGUGACCCUGGCCCAUGGAGAUAUUUGGACUACCAAUGUUAUGUUCCAAUACGAUGAUGAAGGUCAUCCCAUAAAUGCCAUCUUUAUCGACUUCCAGUUUAGUGUUUGGAACUCUCCGGCCAUCGAUCUGCACUAUUUCUUUUCGACCUCGAUCCAAGAGAAUCUUCGCCUGCAGCAUCAGACAGAGCUGGUCCAAUUUUAUUAUUAUAAGCUCGUGAAGGCUCUGAAAAAGGUAAACUAUUUGGGCAAGGUUCCCAGUUUAUUUGAGUUCCAACUACAGUUCAGGGCGAAAGCUUUUUAUGCUGUAUUUUCGUCACUGAUUUUUGAACCUACCAUGGUGUAUAAUGGCAAAGAAGAGCCGUCCAUAGAGAGCUUUAUGACCACUGAUGAGAAGGGAGUUCGAUUGAGGGAUGCAGUCUAUCAGACAGAAGAAAAUAGAAAUAAAUUGCCUCUAACGCUGCCGUUCCUCGAUCAGUGGGGAUUGUUUGACGAAAUGUAAACAAGUGUGCUUAAAUCUUAAAUUGUAUUUCAUAUUUCAUCUAAUAUUUUCAAAAAUCCAUUAAAAAUUGUAAUGUAAAAA